CCAAACAACUGGUACUGAAUUCACAAGGACAGAGACUAACAUGGCAAGCACUCCUUCUCUUCCAAUGACAGAGACAUCCACACACAAUGCGAUUACACCUUCUUCAAUGCGCACCACAAUGGAAACAAGCCCCAGUGAGACAACCUCAGCAACAUCCGCUGCUCCGGCAACGGUGCCCAGCUCUUCCAGCCAGAGCACCUUCUUGACUCCUGUCUCUCACACAAGCCUUUCUGAAAGCACGACUAAUGAAACGAAUCUAGCAACAACGGUUUCUGCUCCAGCUUCAGCAGAAGUUACCAAUAGCGAAACAACAUUGUCAACAAUACCCUCUGUAUCUGCUACAUCUGAAACAUCCAUCAGCAAGACAGCGGCGACAAGAGCUACUCACUCUGCAGUUGUUUCAACAUCUUCCAGAGAGGUAACAAGAAGUGUGUCUCUCCCAACACUACCUGAAACUUUCACCAGUGAGACAACCUCAACAAGAACUUCUCUUUCCCCGACCUUUAGUGAAUAUACAAACAGUGAGACUCCCAUGGUAUCCUCUCUUCCUGUCCUGAGCACAGCCGAAAUUUCCACAAGGGAGGAAAGUCUGACGACUGCUUCCCAGUCAACUCUGACAGUAUCGUCCAGUGAAAGUCCCAUAAGGACGACUGUCACACAGCCCGUGGUGUCUGAACUCAUCACCAAGGGCACAAGUGGGACAUUGGUUCCUCCCCAAACAACUGGUACUGAAUUCACAAGGACAGAGACUACCAUGGCAAGCACUCCUUCUCUUCCAAUGACUGAGACAUCCACACACAAUGCGAUUACACCUUCUUCAAUGCGCACCACAAUGGAAACAAGCCCCAGUGAGACAACCUCAGCAACAUCCACUCCUCCGGCAACGGUGCCCAGCUCUUCCAGCCAGAGCAGCUUCUUGACUCCUGUCUCUCACACAAGCCUUUCUGAAAGCACGACCAAUGAAACGACUCUAGCAACAACGGUUUCUGCUCCAGCUUCAGUAGUAGUUACCAAUAGUGAAACAACAUUGUCAACCACACCCUCUGCAUCUGCUACAUCUGAAACUUCCAUCAGCGAAUCAGCGGCGACAAGAGCUACUCACUCUGCAGUUGUUUCAACAUCUUCUACUGAGAUUGCCAUCACAACAAACAUGUUACACACAACAGUUUCUGAAUUCAUUACCAGUGCCGCACCUGCAAUGACAACUCCUCUGCAUCUUACUUCUUCAGAAUUCACAGGCAGUGAGACUACCAUGGAAACUAAUUUUCCUUUAGAAAGUACUGCAAAAUCUACGCAGGCUGAGAUCACAAUAUCAACAACUCUCUCUGUACCUGUUACACGUGAAAUCUCCACCCUUGAGACCAACUCUUCAAUGGCCACCUCCCAACCAGCUCUGACCAGCCCUUCCUCUCAGAGCCCUUCAGUGACAUCUCCCUCCCACUUAACUGUGUCUGAGUCCACCAGAAAGGAGACAACUUUGGCAACAAGUAUUGUAAAGAGAACUGAGCUCUAUUCAACCAUGUCUGAAGUCCCCACUAAUGAAACAACACUCACAACAAGUCUUUCUGGGACAACGGUUACUGAAGUCACAAGGUCUUCCACGCUCUCUGUGACAGCUACAGGAGAAAGCUCCACCCAUGAGACAAACUUGACAACAGUCACAUCCCAGCCAACUGUAGUGACAUCUUCCAUGGAGAGUAGCACAAUGACAUCUGUUUCCCAUUCAACCCUACCUGAAUUCAGCACCAAUGAGAGAACAAAGGCAACUAGUCUUUCCACUAUUAUGACUGAAUUCCCAAAUAAUGAGACCACUGUAGCCUCAACUCCAUAUGUCCCAGCAACAGAACUCACUCACAACCCAACAACUCUUUCUUCGCCUGCUACAAGUGAAAUCUCCACCAGUGAGACAAGCUUAACAACAGCCACUUCUCAGCCCAUUGUGUCAACAUCUUCCAUGGAGAGUAGCACCAUGACAUCUGUGUUCCAUACAACCGUACCUGAAUUCACCAGCAAGAAGACAACCAUGACGUCGGCCCCUCUCCAUCCAACUCCUACUGAAUUCACAAAUACUGAGAGUAAAGGAGUAACAACUCUUUCUGUCCCUAACACAGAGGAAUUAACAAGCCAACAGACAACUUUGACAACAGUCUCUCCUCAGCCACCUGUGACCACUACUUCCACUGAGUCUACCGUAAAGACAAAAGAGUCCUAUCCAACCAUAUCUUCAUCCACCACCAGUGAGACCACCCUGGCAACAACACUUUCCUACGCAAGUCCUCCGGCAUCCAGCCACAAUGAGACACUGCCAACGACAACCCGUUUUGUUCCAAGUCCAACCAAAUCCACCACCCACGAGGAAAUGUUGGCCACGACUGUUUCUUUGCCUACCACCACAGGAUCCACCUCCGGCAUCUCUAGCACAAUGAUGAUGUCCGAGCCAGCAAGAAGUCAAAUGUCUUCUACAAGGUCCAUGGCGCCUCCUCUUUCCGUCUCGACAGGUUCUUCAGUUCCCACAAGGAAACCCAGCACUGUGACCAGCCAUGUGACUCAGAUGCAGUCUAGCAGCACAAGUACUUCCAUGACUGUGCCAACCAAAAUCCCAGGGACCAGCAACCACCCCGCAAACACCACUGGCACCACAACCACUGCGGUUCCUCCCACCACACUGGAGCCCCUGCGAUGCCAGAAUGGAGGGACGCCCCUUGUGAACAAGUGUCUCUGCCUUCCCGGAUUUACAGGGGAGCAGUGCGAAACGGUGAUGAACAACGUCAAUGUCGAUGUGGUGAAGGCGGAGAUCAAUGUCACCAUAGUGGUGGCGAACAUGAACUUCUCCAAAAGCAUGGAGGAUCCAAUGUCCAGAGCAUUCAAAGUGUUUGUGAAAAUCUUCAGUACCAAGAUGGACCCGAUCUACAGGCAGACGGUGCCCGGGUUCCUCGGCAUUGAGGUGAUCCAGCUGAGCAAGGGCAGCGUGGUGGUGGAUCACCGCGUGGUCCUGGAUGUGCCCUAUGCCAGCUAUGCCAGUGUGUAUCCCCAGGCUGUGGCCAACGUCAGCGCGCGGCUGAAUGCCACCAAUUGCACCAGCAGCUCGACCAGUGCCUCUCCGGCUGACUCGCAGGAAUUGUGCUUCAAAGCCAACGCAACGCACGUCAACACGAUCCCCCUGAUGAUGGCAGGUCUGUGCCUGAACAACUCGACCAUCAGCCAGUCCUACCAGAAAUACUUCUUGCCCGUCAGUGUCUCGGGGCAGCUGAUGUGCGUCUCCAACUGCAGCAUCCACCACCCCGACACCUAUGCCUGCAACAGUCGGGGGUACUGCUACAUCCAGCUGGGGGGACCCACCUGCUACUGCCAGCACUCGGAGUGGUACUGGUUCACGGGCAGUCACUGCGAACAAGUCGUGAGCAAGGUGGGCGUGGCAGUGGGGGUGGCACUCGGCCUGGUCGUGCUGCUGCUGGUGAUUCUUGUCCUGGGCAUCUGCCUUGGCUGGCAUCGGCACUGGAGGGGCAAGCACAGCGUGGCGGACCUGGAGGAGAGUCAGGAGAAGUGGUACAGCAACGAGGAGUGGGAGUGGAACAUGCCCCCCCAGGGAAUCACUGCCAGGGCCCCGAGUGCCCCCAGCUGGACAGGUAACAUCCCUGGGACAGAGGGCGGCACUGGCAGCCACAGAGUCUCCUCGUCCUUCCAGCCUUCCCUGGACAAAGUAGACACGUCCCUGCAGUUGCAAAUUGCUCGGCCCCAGGUGACCCGUAUCUGAGUCCCGGCAGCUGGUCUGGCCUGUGACAUCCAGAACUGAUCCAGCGGCCGCAGCUGUCGAAGGAGGCUGCUCUCCGGGGACCUGCAUCCGUCAGACCUGUGGAGCUGAGGCCGGGGGUCCCAGGCCGGACGUGAACCUGGAGCCACCACCAGGCCAGUCACUCUCUGCUGCCAAGACCCCCCCGUGGGGCAGGGACGCAGUGGACCCGGGACUGGACGCUGCUGAGCUCCCAGGGACUGGCAGGCACCAAGCCGGCUGGGAUUGGGACAGUGCUGCUGUUGGUGGUGGUGGGACAUUGGGCACUGGGCCAUAGGGUCCAGGCAGUGGGGCAGGAGGUGGUAGCAUCCCCAGCUCUGCCUGUAUCUGGGGCCGGGGCGCUCCUCUUUGGCAGCCUGGUGCCAGGCGCGUGGGUGGAGCUUUCCCAGGCCCCGGCUGGCUGCACUGAGGUUGUUUGCACAGUGGGUUUAGCAGAUCGUUUGUCAAAGAGGAAGAAUGGGCAGGCCGGGAAGGUGCUGGUUGGCACCAAGCCCCUCUGCUGGUGAUUUCUGGGGUGGGGGUGGGGGCAUUGUUGAUUUCCAAUUGUUUCCUUUGCCCUGAGCAAACAGGGGCGGGCUGGAGGUAGGGGGAAUGGGGGCUGCAUUCCCAAGGGGUGAGGCCAGGGGACCCAGGCAUCCAGAGGAAGACAGGAUGGCCCAAUUCCAGCUGGGAGAGGGUUCUCAGUGAAGAUAGGGGACCCAGGUGUCCGGGGGAAGAAGCCAUGCUAGAGCAGAGCAAGGCAAAAGGCAUUGGCCUGGUUCAUUGCUCUGCAGGGGGGUGCCCCGGAUCAGAUUUCCCCACCCCCUGGAGGGGGCUGCCUCUCCUCAUGAUAGACCCCCUCAAGACAGGACACCCCCCGCCCCCCGGAUUUUGCUCCCCGACAGCCCCUGCGGCCUGAAAUAAUGUAAGCGUAAGAAAUUAAACUCUGCUGUUGUGAUUCUCGGAGGGGAAAUAAAGUGGUGAGAAAACACCAGGCGUGAGUGGGUUCCUUGCCCGGAGGUGGGUGUUAUUUUGAGAAUGUGGCGCUUGUUACCUAAGGCUCCGCAGUGAGGAGCUGUGUCUCCAGACACAUGCCCCCCCCAGACGCCCAGACAG